AUGGUGUUUCCACUGACCACUCAGCUCUUGUGGUUCCUAGUAGCCAUAGUGAUGAUCAUCGAGGUGGUCGUGAUGGUCGAGGGGGCCGUAGUAGACCACAUUCCUGUACUCACUAUGGUCGUGGAAGGCAUACUGUUGAUUUCUGUUGGGAUUGACAUGGCAAACCUUCUGGAUGACAACUUUGUUGUGGCUUCUAUACCUCGGUCAACUCCACCAGAUACUGGGUCAGUUACUCUUACACGAGAAGAGUAUGCUCAGUUCUUGUCCCAGCAACAGGCUGUUCCAUCUCCCUCCACUGCUACUUUUGUCCAAUCAGGUACUGUUUUCACUUGUUUAUUGUCCUCCACUCGCAGUUCUUAG